AUGACGCUGCUGAGUGAGGAUGAUAUAGCAGAGACGCUAGCUGUGACUGCAUCGUCAGGAUUUCAUGCUUACAGCUCUGGAUCAAAGUCGUCGGACAAGUUGUCAAAGUUAGAAGUGGAACAAGAACACAAAACGCAAACUUUCUUUGGAAAGGUCAGAGAGUUCCUCAGAAUACAAUUAUUUGGUUACCCCAACGAGUUGGAAAACUAUAUUCUAGAAAAUGAGCCAAAUGAUUGUGCAUUAAUUGCAAAGUAUCGACAAACCACAGAUAUUGAUUUAAGCGAAGAGCCGACAUUGUCAAUUGAUAAACUCACGUUAAAUACCUUGCACAUCCCUCAUCCACUCGAGAAUUUUAUGAGGAAUGAAACUCACCAACAAGUUGGCGCAGACGUAUUAGAAAAAGUAAAUGAUGAAUUGAAAGAGAGUCCUAUUUUAGUUUUCAUUCAUGGUUUGGGUGGGCAAAUGUCACAAUUUGAGCCUUUAAUGGGGUUGCUAUCUCAAUGUGCCGAAAUUGUGUCGUUGGAUUUACCGGGCUUUGGUAAUUCCAAGGCGGUUGAUAGCCAUCACAAAUCCAUAUUCAGCAUGAGUGAAACAGAGCUGAAUCGUGUCUCCUUCUCCAUAAACAGAAUGGCAUGGGAAGACUUCCUGGCCAAUAAUAUUGUCAACAUUGUUCAUGCCUUUCUACGGCAACAAAUUCCAGAAAAGAAGGUCAUUUUAAUUGGCCACUCUAUGGGUACUCACAUUGCAGUAAGAGUAGCGAAGAAAUUACCACAGCACAAAGUUGAAGGUUUGAUUCUUCUUUCGCCUCCAGAUGUAGUUGAUGAUUCAGCACCAGGGCUGCUGGACUUGGAAAUAGGGGGAUUGUCAUGGCUUUUUAGACUUUUUGUCUAUCUUCCAUUUUUGUUUAAUUUGUUUCGAACUUGGGAUAGACUUCCUGGAUUGCAGAGCAAGAGUGUGCGUCGACAAUUACCAAAAAACAGCCUGUUGUAUAAUAGACUUCGGCAAUUUCGUUGGAACUUGGAUAUCGAUUCGCCAACUUUGUUAAAGUAUGUCUAUGGGUUUAAGAAGAUCACGACAUCUGACUUUGUCGUGGCAAUCAAUAAAUUCAAUAACAACAAAAGUGAUGAUCGUGCUUAUGAAAAGACGUUGUUGGUAUGUGGGUCUGAAGACCAUGUUACUAGUGUUAAACAUAUCCAUCACAUUGAUAACUUUUUAACAAAAACCUUUGGUCGAAAAAUUUCAUCAGCGAUAGAGGUCAAAGAAGCAGGGCAUUCGUUAUUGCUAGCAAAGCCAGAGCUAACAAGUGGUCUGAUCUUAAAUCAUAUAGAAACAAAGCUACCAAGACGAUUGAAUCUAUCCCCAGCUUGGGUGUUGAAAGUUAAGGCGCUUAUAUCAGGGGACAAAUGGGGGUUGAAAAACGAAGAAAAGUGGCUCAACUUGAAACCGAUUUCCGAUAAUAUAACGAGGAGUAAUGAGAUUGCGCCAUUGUUGGGAAUGAAGACACUAAGAGAAGGAGAUGCUGUUCAUUCGCCAGGAGUAGUCGAGUCGUCUUAUUAUGAACAUGAAGAUAAUUUCAAGGGUAGGCUAAUUGCUAUCAUUGACAUUUCUUCUGAUAUACCGCCAUACAAUCCUCAAUCGUUCAAACACAUACGAUAUUACAAAUGUGCGACGGUGUCUAAAGUUGUCCCUGACCAAGCAUCUAUUCAUAGAUUUAUCAACUUGGUUAAGGAGAUUUUGGACAGAUCAGAUGAAAAGCAUCCUCUUAUUGGGGUACAUUGUCACUACGGAUUCAAUAGAACCGGGUUUUUGAUUUGUUGUUAUUUAAUUGAGGUAUUAGGAUGGACAGUAAAGGAAGCAGUCGAAGGGUUUAAACUUGCGAAGCCCCCCGGAAUCAAACACCCUCAUUUUAUAGAUGCCUUAUACGUUAGAUAUGAUACUUAG